ACCAUUUUUCUGUUAUUAUUCACUAGCCAUGAUGUUUACAUAGGCCACGCUGCAGUCGCCACUGGGUAAGCACAUGUUAUCGCCUGUCCAACUUUUUGACAUGUAUACACCAGCUAUCACAAAGGGUUUUGUUUGUCAAAGGAGAGAGGAAAAAAAACUUUGUUUUCCCGACACUCCUACAUGCGCCUGUGCUUGUGGUUUAGUGGUCUCCAGAGGAUUAUGUGUGACAGUGAAGUAUUUUAACCCUUUAACACAUACAGUAUUUUCACCUUUUGUAAAGUUUGAAGAUGGGUGGACGUUUGCUGAAGCCUUCAGUGUCCUCUCCAUUUAGCCUCCUUUUUAUUUUUUACUGUUUCACAGCCUUAUAUAAACGUGACAAAUGUCAAGCUCUUUGGCCCUGAUUACACACGGCUCAAUUACAGCCACGUUAACCUGCAUCACUCCUCGCUUAGGCCAUUACAUAAAGGGAAAAAAAAAAUCUGCAGCUUGAAAGUUGGCUAAAGUGCAUCUGAGGCGCAUCAUGCUUCAUAAAUCACGUUGUCUCCACUGUAGAGGAGAAUGGCUCUGGUUAACUGUUUCCUUCCUCUUUGAAACAAUAAUCAAAUAUAAACACCAUUAAGCCAUAGUGCAGGCGGUGUUUUGUGUAGAAUUGGUUUACUUGAACUUUAUUGCAUCGCUGAGUGCCCCAUUAAGAUACAGUCGAAAGUGGCAUAAUUGCUUCUGAAGAACUCCGGGCAAAUACGGUCUAUUGAUACACACCAGCGAGGUAAAAGCCCGAUCUUCCUGUAAUUUUUCCUGAAAAAUAAGUAAAUCGCGUUCGUCUCCGCGUUGCGUAAAGGGACCCGAGAGACCUCGAGGGCUGUGGAGACACGCUCCACGCGCACGGCUGUUAAUUGAGUUCAGUCCAGUCACUCCAGCCUAAUUGAUUUAAUGGCGCGAGCACACGCCGCAGCUGAAGCCUAAUGACCAGCAAACACCGGCGAGAGUGCGGCGAGCGAAGUGGCCACAUGAGCUCUUGUUUGUUGUCGCCAAGAUACCUGCGUGCGGAGACCGUGGGCCCAUGCGUGCGAAAUGGUGUUAAAUGAUGCAUUUACAAAAGUAUAAUGGGCGCGUUUUAAACGUUAGAGGGGGGAAAAGCAGAUAAAUGAAAAAAGUGGGCUGUGUGUGGUGUUUGAGCUUUUCGCCAGAGUUUCCAAGACAACUGUUUCUCCAUCCACGUCUCUUAUCUGGCGGGUCAACCAAUGUUUGCGCCCAUACGUAUCGAUUUAUCAACCUCAGUGUGCACACGAGAGAUAUAUCCAUAUAAAAUGUCGAUGGCUGUGCUGUUUGAGGACAAUCCAGCUUGCCUUGCGUGAGAAUCGUGCUCCUUCCAGACGCUCUUGAUUAAUAACGCCCUCUUUUGCCCCACAUGUGGAGGGAGCAGUUGCACGGUCACCUGUUUUUGUUGUUGUUGCUGCUGCUGCUGUUGGGGUCAGACACAGGUGGAUGCCAGGUAAACCUUGCGGUAUUUACAGAGUAGCAUUGAUUUACGCGCUGUUGUUCAGUUGGCUGAAAAAAAAAAAAAAGCUCACAGAGCUGCAGAAUAUCCUGGAAACUGGGAGCUAUCGGCCUGCCGUUUUUGAGCAAAUAGUGAAACCAAUGGCUUGGGCGCUACAGGAUCACAUGGUGGCAGAGUGACACACCUGUGUGGAGCAUUAAGGGCCUCGCAGUUGCGCCUGAGGCAGGUAGGGCUGAAGGUUUACGCCGAGGUAGGGCGCAGGUUACGGCGCGUGUGUGCGCGCAAACGGCCCCCCUGCAGACACGGGUCCUCGCCAGCCAUGAAUCGGGAAGAUCACUUUUAUCCCUCUCAGGUUUUUAAAGACUCCUGCGCGUACCAGAGAUCACAGGGUGAUGACUACAGCCACAGCAGCCCGCCACCCUGCCUCUACAUGAGCAGGCAGGUCCACUCCGUCUACACACCGCCGUCCAUGGGAGCCUUGGAGCAGGCCGGCCUUCCUGACAUUGCUACCACUUACAGUUCGCCGAGUAUGCGGGAGGAUCCUGGCGUGCCCCAGCUCCUCCACCACCACCAGCAGCAACAGCAGACCCUCCAGCCGCCUCCAGGCUACAGUGACCCCGUGGAACAGAGCAGAUAUCACCUGCCAUUCCCCUGGAUGAAAACCACUAAAUCCCACUCACACACCUGGAAAGGACAGUGGGCAGGGUCAUACGUGAUGACUGAGAAUGAAGAAAACAAACGCACGAGGACUGCGUACACGCGCGCCCAGCUGCUGGAGCUCGAGAAGGAGUUCCUUUUCAACCGCUACAUCUCGAGGCCGAGGCGCGUGGAGCUGGCGCUGACCCUCAGCCUCACCGAGCGCCACAUCAAGAUCUGGUUCCAGAACAGGCGCAUGAAGUGGAAGAAGGAGGAGGACCGGAGGAGGGCGAGGGGGGCCGACCCCGACCAGGACUCCUCCAUCACCUCUGGGGACCAGGGGGAGACCGCGGGAGGGGUUUCCUCCUCAAACGGACCUCACGCCACCACACCCCCCAUGUCCCCUCUGCACGGUCUGUCUGCCUCCGGCUCCAGAGAGAGCGCAUAGAUCCAGCGGAUAUAUUUUUAAGACUUUAAGAUUUUUAAGACUCAGACCUGAACUCAUAUUUAAGGGAUCAUUAUAACUUUGACUGAAACUCAAAUCCAAGUUUUAGGAAACAUGUACAUUUUUUUUUUUUCUGAAAAGAU